AUGGACGAGAAUCAUAACACAAUUUUCAGUGCAAUGCCAGAGCCUACCCUUCACAUGAUUGGUGCUGGCUUCUGUGGGACUGUAUGGGCAGCAUCGACGAGUGGUUCUGCAUACAAGCGAGAAGACGGCGGUCCCUUCAGGUCCCUUGAAAAUGACUUUAAUAUGCAUCGACGAGUCAUCCAGAGUAUCCAGGAGUUUAGCAGGUUCCAUCAAGCCCGCUAUGCGAUAACUCCCCAAGUUCAGGUCCCCGACUGUGAUCGCUUUAUUCCUGCUACCGAUCGCGCUUGGUGGGAGUCAAAUCUACGAUCAUUUCCACAAGGGUACACUGCAUGCAAUAUUCUCCAGUCACAGAGAAUUCCACACUUCCACGAGGUGACUAGGAGGCUCCUUACCGAAAGGUACUGUCCCCCUCAGAGGGUUGACGACAUCAUGAGGAGUGAACCAAAUAAAGAUUGCCUCAUUAGGCCCUAUCUGGGCCGACGGCGGGUUCGCAGACAGUCUCAAACCUCCUCACAAUUUCGGGGGUUUUCAUUACGGAACUUUCCACUCCAUGCCGACCAGAUGGAGGACUUAAAUAUUCCGCCUGAAUACAGAGAACAUUACGCACGGAUAAUGGCUAGGACCCUAGCGGUCAUGCACUGGAUUGGUCACAUCGACGGAAGUGAUAUCGAGUUUGUCCUUGCUCUACCCAAUAGCGGCAAGAAACGAGACAUUGAUGUCUUUUCAAAUGUGCUAGGUGAACAUAGCGUGUGGGUGUUGGACUUCAACUGUUGCAGAGACAUGUCUAUCGAUGAAGAGGGUGUCAGACGGGCCGUCACAGCGUUCUGGUGUAACGACCCGUUCUACCCUAGGCCUGUUAUGGAUCCGACGCUAUGGGAUGCUUUCAGAUCGGAAUAUCUCCAAUCGAGUGAAGCAGCUUUAGGGCUUUUCAACCACGCCGAGGCUGAGCAGAAACGACCCUUGCUACAGCUUUUCGUUGAUCUGAUUGAACAUGAAGCCUAUCAAAAAUAUGGUCCUCAACAAAACCACGCUAAGGAAGACUAG